CGGAACAAGAUUUUAAUUAAAGGUGACGUGACUCCGUCCACUAAAAUACGUGAUCAACCCCACAAAUGUUGGAUUUUGUUUGAUAACAACUCCAUUUUGAGUACUUGGUGUACAUGUGUAGCUGGGACAAACCUGAACUGCAACCACAUUCUUGCUGUUUUGUAUAAAAUCAAUUUUGCAUACAAGAAAGGAUAUUCAAACCCUGCAUGUACUUCUUUACCUGAAGGCUGGAACCGAGGAACACAUAAGCAAGUAGAGCCUAGACGAAUAUGUGACCUACUUAUUCGGAAUGACAGUAAACACAAAGAAGACAAGAAGACUAGAACACCCAUUAAUUCUCAAGCCCAAAGAGAGUUUGAUCCUAGGCAUCCUGAACAGAGACAAAUAACCAAUGAUCAAGUAUCUUUUUUGUAUCAGAACAUUAAGGCUAACAAUCCAAAUGCCUGUGUUCUUUACUCAUUACAUGCAUCUGUUACUGAAGAGCUACCACCAAGUUUAAGGGACGCGGCUGGUGACUUCCUCUCUUUGAAAAACAAUACCGAGAACUUCACAGAUGAACUAGCAAAA